UUGUUGAUGGAUGCAUUUCCAUUGAAACAUUACCAUGUCUAUCGAACUUAAAGAAGUUGACGACUCUAUCUGCUGUCGGCUGCAAGAAGUUAACUGAGUUUCAGGGUAUGGAUGGGUUGGAAUCCUUAGAGGAGUUCGAUGUUUGUGGAUGCAUUUCUAUCGAAACAUUUCCAUGUAUGUCAAACUUAAAGAGCUUGAGGAGUCUAUCAGCUUCCGACUGCAAGAAGUUAACUGAGAUUCAAGGUGUGGACGAGUUGGAAUCCUUAGAGGAGUUCGAUGUUAGUGGAUGCAUUUCUAUCGAAACAUUUCCAUGUAUGUCAAACUUAAAGAGCUUGAGGAGUCUAUCAGCUUCCGACUGCAAGAAGUUAACUGAGAUUCAAGGUGUGGACGAGUUGGAAUCCUUAGAGGAGUUCGAUGUUAGUGGAUGCAUUUCUAUUGAAACAUUACCAUGUCUGUCAAAGUUAAAGAAGUUGACGACUCUAUUAGCUGCCAACUGCAAGAAGUUAACCGAGAUUCAAGGUGUGGAUGAGUUGGAAUCCUUAGAGGAGUUCGAUGUUAGUGGAUGCAUUUCUAUCGAAACAUUUCCAUGUAUGUCAAACUUAAAGAGCUUGAGGAGUCUAUCAGCUUCCGACUGCAAGAAGUUAACUGAGAUUCAAGGUGUGGACGAGUUGGAAUCCUUAGAGGAGUUCGAUGUUAGUGGAUGCAUUUCUAUCGAAACAUUUCCAUGUAUGUCAAACUUAAAGAGCUUGAGGAGUCUAUCAGCUUCCGACUGCAAGAAGUUAACUGAGAUUCAAGGUGUGGACGAGUUGGAAUCCUUAGAGGAGUUCGAUGUUAGUGGAUGCAUUUCUAUUGAAACAUUACCAUGUCUGUCAAAGUUAAAGAAGUUGACGACUCUAUCAGCUGCCAACUGCAAGAAGUUAACCGAGAUUCAAGGUGUGGACGGGUUAGAAUCCUUAACGGAGUUCAUUGUUGAUGGAUGCAUUUCCAUUGAAACAUUACCAUGUCUAUCGAACUUAAAGAAGUUGACGACUCUAUCUGCUGUCGGCUGCAAGAAGUUAACUGAGUUUCAGGGUAUGGAUGGGUUGGAAUCCUUAGAGGAGUUCGAUGUUUGUGGAUGCAUUUCUAUCGAAACAUUUCCAUGUAUGUCAAACUUAAAGAGCUUGAGGAGUCUAUCAGCUUCCGACUGCGAGAAGUUAACUGAGAUUCAAGGUGUGGACGAGUUGGAAUCCUUAGAGUCAUUCAAUAUCAGUGGAUGCAUUUCUAUUGAAACAUUACCAUGUCUGUCAAAGUUAAAGAAGUUGAGGACUCUAUCUGCUGUCGGCUGUGAGAAGUUAACCAAAAUUCAAGGUGUGGACAAGUUGGAAUCCUUAGAGGAGUUCAUUGUUAGUGGAUGCAGUUUUAUUGAAGCAUUAUCAUAUUUUCCCCAAUGUAAAAAAAAAUGUUAAGGAUUUUAUAAGCUGUCGACUUCAAGAAGUUAACUGAGGUUCAUGGUGUGGGCGAGUUGGAAUUCUUAUAGUCAGUUCAUUGUUAGUGGAUGCAUAUCCAUGAAAUUACCAGAUUUGUCAAGUUUCAAAUCAAAAAAAUUAUGGAGUCCAUCUUUCUUGCGUUGAGAGAGUGACAAUCUACUUGAGAUCUGUCUUGGUGAUCUUCAUAUCUACAGGGAACGUGAUUACGUACAAUUGAGUGCGCAAGCCCCAUCUAUCAUAGGUCAUGGUCUAGGGAGGAUCUUCAACCCUCAAUCAUUGCAGGUUAUUGGAAGUCCUUUUGGGGGUCCUGAUUCUGAUUUACGAAUGCCUUGUUCUGUAUCUGUUAAGGCAAUGCACUUGAACAUGGUACGUUCUCAGUACAGUGGUGACAGUGAAGGUGGAGAAAAUACCAUUAGAGGUGGCUAAAGGACAGAAGACAAGAAGAACGAAGAUUCUAAGCCCAAUGCGUAGCUCCAUGUUGUAGUUUCCUUUGGCAGAGUUGCUGCUGCUGUGUCUGCAAUUGCCACAGCUACAGCAACAUUGUCAUGAUCUGGUGAGCAGAUGAUAAAGGCUAGCAUGGUGAAGGUAUCUGCUGAGACCUUAAUGGCAGCACAAUGCCUAGAGGCCGCAGUGACAAAGAAGGCAGAGCACGAGCACCUUGAAUCUGUCAUUAGCUUUGCUGUUACGAGAAGGAAGAAUGAUUGAACCAAAUGCGGCUUCCGCAUUUACCUGCAAUUAAGGUGCAUAUUAGCAUUGCUUAGGCAUCAAGUGUGACAGUGUUCAUCCAUAAUUCCCUUGCAGAUGAUGCUGAAGAUGAAGAAAAGGUAUUACGAGGACUGUAUUCAAACAGAAAUAUGAGGAAGCUCAUUCCAUUGUCAUUGAAGGGUGCAUCAGGAUCCCUUGUGUGAAUAAGAAGUCUAGAUUUGGCGCUGCUGCAUUUCUGUCACUUAUUCUUGUCAUCAUCAUCGUCUGGUUCAGCUGGUUCAACUAAAUUUUAUAGACCCCAAUGAUCGAGCAUGACUACAUAGAGGCAGUUUCUGCUCUAUGAUGCAUCAGGUAUAGAGUAAUGUCAUGUUGGAGACCAAACAACUUAUGCAUUCCUGGAUUAUACAUUUUGUCCCAUCGAGGAAGACAACAAGGAAUCCAUGUUCCUAACUCUAUCCUGUGAUGGCCUGUGGGAUAAGGAAGUCGGUGGUGGUGCCUCUCAUAUCUAUUUGGCUGUCAGAUUUCGUCCUAAUCCCAAUGAUUAUAUGGACGGAAAGGAAUUUGAGAAGAUUUGAGGGAAGAGGAAGGACCCUCUCGAAUGUUGAAGGAAGCCCUUUUCCAAGAUAGCUGGAAACCCAGCUCUUUGACACCUUGCAAGUGCCGAAGGUGGAUCCACAAGGUUCAUCUGAUUCAUCUUUGCUUUGUUGAUGUCAAAGCCGAAGGGGAAAAAAGAAGAACAUUGUGCAUUCCUCCUUCCACUCUGUCCUAUCAGUUUAGUAGUAUUAGGAUGGUUUGGAUGGACUAUGAUUCCAAGUUCGGGUGUAAAGGAAACAACCAACCUCAUGCUAUCUUAAGACUUACGAAGGAACAACUUUAACUUCUAUUUUGACUUGCCAUUCUCUUAAGUCACACUAGCCUUAUCAUUGCAAGAGUUACAAGGCAGGUUAUGUUUGGCAAGACUUGGUGGACGAAGACCUCAUUACUCUAAUAUCUAAUAACGAAUAUGUCUGCAAAGGAUCCAAAAUAUUCUCUGUUUGAUUGGGUAAUCCUUUCUAAACUUUGAUUAGUAUACCACUCACUCAAAGUGUCAGACCAUUGGAUUUGAUUUGGGGCAUGAUUUGUUGGAUUUACAUACAGAUGCUUGUAUAUGCAGUGAAAAGAAAGCUUCAACACAAGAGCCAGACACUGUUUAGUUUUCACUCUUGCAUUUUGUACAUCAUCUCAUGGAUGCUAGUAUUGAUUCUCUAUUUUGUGUUUUGAGGAAGAACAAGUACACUGGGUGUUGUCAGACCAGUAGAAAUUUUACAAUGUUUGAUAUCUUGUCCUCUAUUUUUAUGUAGAGAUUGAAGCCAACACCACAGAUGCUACUAACUUCGAGGCGGAAUGGUGGGUUCUGAUGUAUAGUCUGGAGCAUGCAAGGGAGGAAAAUUUUCAUAAAAUUAUGGAUCGAAUGUGACUCAGUUACAAUUACCUUGGUGGUUUCUAAGCAUUGGCUCCAUGGUUUGUGCAUCAAAUGUGGUUUUUACUCCAACCGUAACUUCUCUCUGUUGAUUGGAAAGGAGCCCACUGCUAUAGAGAAGCAAAUCUUAUGGUAGACUUUAUAGCGAAAUCAACAGCAAAGUUGGAGAUUUCACCUUCUGUGAUUGAGUUCCGGAGUUCAAUUUCUAAUGAGCUUAUUGUUGUUGCUCAAGGCCGGCCAAGGUUUCGGUUUGUUAGUUGAUUAUCUAUCUGCUGCUUUCUAGCCUCUCCUGCUGAUGGCAAUGCCGAAGGUGGGAGGGGGUAGUGUAGUUUUUGUUUUGAGUGUCUAGUUUUGUCCAGUUGAUGUUUGCACUCUAUUGUUUCUUUUCUUUUCUUAUCUUCUCUUGAUUACCAAACAUAGCCUUAGGGAAAAAACAGAAGAUUGACCAUAGAAGUUGUCUAGUGGAUGUGGGAAGCUUGGUCUCGUCAAAUUAAAAAUUAAAAAAUGACAUUCAAGUGAAGGAUUUGGCUCCUUGUAAUGGAACAUCCACUAUGCUGUUGGAGAUCUCUUA